UUUUGGUUCAUUCCCUUGUGGGAUAAACCAAUAAAAACAAUUUGUUCACUUUGUAUUUUGUUUAUACAAUACAGCAGUAAAAUUUUGGUCAGAUCUAUCUUCAUUUAAGUUAUUUUUUUAUUAAAAAGAAACAAGAAAAAUAUCGGAAGCAGUAAAAUAACUAAUUGGCAUUGUAACCUUUGCACGGUAAUAAAUUAUAUUCUAGGCCCAUAUAUCCGAUGCUACUAGGUAAUUUUUCACUUCAUUCAUUUACUGUUUUUUUAUUUAUUAAAAGCGUACUUCUCAAUAGAAGUGUUUUUUUAUUAAAUCGCUUAAUUCGCGGCGAGCCACUUGCGCGCGCAAGAUUUCGGAAAAUCAAUCUUGUGGUUAUUAUUUGAUACCCACCCUGAAGUCUGUUGCCUGUUUGUGGAUCUAACCUUCCAAGGAAUAUGUAAACAGGUCCCGGUUUUAAUAAUGACGCACUAUAGCGAGUUGUUCAACCUUUUCAGGCGUUUGUUUACGAGUGUUAGUCCUUAUGAAGCAAGCAGAGCUCCCUCAGUGGUAAACAUGGGCACAGAAGCAAGUAUGGACACAGUCGAUAGGGCAGAACAUCGAGUAAUAUCUAUAAACAAACCUCAUACGCCCUCUUCCAAGUUUGUUAAUAAUAGGAUCUCAACUGCCAAAUACAGCAUCAUAAGAUUUUUCCCAUUGUUCCUAUUUGAACAGUUCAGGAGAUGGGCCAAUAUAUUUUUUCUGAUGAUCGCCCUUCUUCAGCAAAUCCCAGAUGUAUCUCCUACUGGCAGGUACACCACCCUAGUACCUUUGAUAUUUAUUCUUUCCGUAUCGGCAAUUAAGGAAAUUAUUGAAGAUAUAAAAAGGCAUCGAGCAGAUGAUGAAACCAAUCAUAGAAUCGUUGAGGUGCUUCGCGAAGACCUUUGGGCUAAUGUUAGGUGGAAAGAUGUAGUGGUAGGAGAUAUUGUAAAAGUCUCCAAUAAUAAUUUUUUUCCUGGCGAUCUAGUUCUCUUAUCAUCUAGUGAGCCUCAGGGUAUGAGUUUUAUUGAAACGGCCAAUUUAGACGGGGAAACCAAUUUAAAAAUUCGUCAGGCAUUGCCUAGCACUGCAAAAUUAACUACAAUUCAAGAACUAAAACAUUUUUCUGGUUCUGUAGAGUGUGAGCCACCCAAUAGGCAUUUAUAUGAAUUCAAUGGAGUUCUAAAAGAAGAUUUGAAGCAAUGUGAACCUUUGGGACCAGAACAGAUUCUUUUGCGAGGAGCAAUGCUUCGCAACACGUCUUGGAUAUUUGGUUUAGUCGUUUAUACUGGUCAUGAAACCAAAUUAAUGCGUAACUCCACAAAAGCGCCACUGAAGCGAUCAACAAUAGAUAAACUCACCAAUAUACAAAUUCUGUGGCUUUUCGGGCUGUUGGUGAUCAUGUGUCUCAUAUGCUCCAUUUUUAAUUUCUUGUGGACUAAUGCAAAUGGGAAAUUGCAUAGUUAUAUUGGAUUGGAAGAAAGCAGCAAAAAUUUUUUAUUUAAUUUGCUAACGUUUUUGAUCCUCUUCAAUAAUCUGAUUCCUAUUUCUUUACAAGUGACACUGGAAGUGGUUCGAUUUAUCCAGGCAAUUUUUAUAAAUAUGGAUGUCGAAAUGUAUCACGAAGAGACGGACACCCCCGCAAUAGCACGAACAUCCAAUCUGAAUGAAGAGCUUGGUCAGGUCAAGUAUAUUUUUUCUGAUAAGACUGGUACCCUAACAAGAAAUGUAAUGGAAUUUAAAAGAUGUACUGUCGGAAUAGAUGUAUAUCACUCUGGUAGUAACAUUAUGAUCCAGCACUUGAGAGAGGAUCACAAAAAUGCUGAUCGAAUUAAGGAUCUUUUAGUGGUCUUGUCUGUGUGUCACACCGUGAUUCCAGAAAAAAUGGGCGAUGGACAAAUUUUAUACCACGCCGCUUCUCCGGAUGAAAGGGCGUUGGUAUAUGGAGCGGCCGGUUUUGGGUACGUUUUUGAAAGCCGAACUCCAGAUUAUGUGGAAAUCGACGCCUUAGGAGUGAAGGAAAGAUACGAAAUCCUUUCGGUGUUGGAAUUCACUUCCGCGAGGAAAAGAAUGUCUGUUAUUGUUAAGGAUCCGCGAGGAAAAAUUAAACUAUAUUGCAAAGGAGCAGACACAGUCAUUUACCAGAGAUUGGCCGUGAAUGAGAGAACAAAUAAUGAACUUAAAGACACCCUUUUACAACAUUUAGAAGCCUUUGCUACAGAGGGUUUGAGAACUUUGUGUUGUGGUAGAGUGGAACUGUCGCAAAGUGAUUAUGAAGAAUGGAAAACGGUGUAUAACACCGCCAGCUGUUCUUUACAAAAUAGACAAGAAAUGGUUGAAGAAGCCGCUAAUUUGGUGGAAAAAAAUCUGAUUUUGAUUGGUGCUACCGCUAUUGAAGACAAACUGCAAGAGGGCGUGCCCGAGGCUAUUGCAAUCUUAUUGAAAGCAGAUAUCAAUCUUUGGGUUCUGACGGGCGACAAACAAGAGACUGCUAUCAAUAUCGGUUAUUCCUGUAAACUUAUUUCUCAAGGAAUGAAAAUUAUAACCCUCAAUGAGGAUAGUCUCGAUAAAGCCAGAGAAGCGAUACUUCUAAAUUGUGAAGAACUGGGUGAUAAUUUGGAGAAGCAAAAUGAAAUAGCUUUGAUAAUAGAUGGAACCACUUUAAAAUAUGCAUUAUCUUGUGAGCUAAGGACAGAUUUUUUAAAAUUAUGUGUUUCUUGUAAGGUUGUCAUUUGUUGUCGUGUUUCCCCAAUGCAAAAGGCCGAAGUCGUCGAAUAUGUCACAAAAUACACCAAAUCAGUUACUCUAGCCAUAGGCGAUGGAGCAAAUGAUGUGGCUAUGAUUCAAAAAGCCCAUGUUGGCGUUGGGAUUUCAGGUGUGGAAGGACUACAAGCCGCUUGUGCUUCGGAUUACAGCAUAGCUCAGUUUAGGUUUCUGCUGAGAUUGUUGUUAGUCCAUGGAGCUUGGAAUUAUUCAAGAAUGUGCAAGUUAAUUUUGUACAGCUUUUACAAGAAUAUAUGCCUUUAUGUUAUUGAGUUGUGGUUUGCUAUUUAUUCCGGGUGGUCGGGGCAGAUAUUAUUUGAGAGGUGGUCUAUAGGUUUAUACAAUGUCAUUUUUACCGCACUACCACCUCUGGCGAUGGGUUUAUUCGAUAAAAGUUGUAGCGCCAACAAAAUGCUAGCUUUUCCUCAGUUGUACAAACCUUCCCAGAGCGGGGAGCUUUUUAACAUUCGUGUCUUUUGGAUAUGGAUUGCUAACUCUCUCAUUCAUUCUGCUUUUCUAUUCUGGCUGCCCAUGCUAGCUUGCCAGUAUGACGUCAUUUGGGUAACGGGAAAAGUAGGCGACUAUCUUGUAUUGGGAAAUUGCGUUUAUACGUAUGUGGUGGUAACAGUAUGUUUGAAAGCAGGGUUGAUAACGGGCUAUUGGCCGUGGCCGACACAUUGUGCGAUCUGGGGAUCGAUUGUGCUGUGGUUCUUAUUUAUCAUAAUUUAUAGUUUUUUCUGGCCAACAAUACCUCUAGGCAGUGUAAUGACAGGGAUGCAUUCUAUGUUAUUCACGACGGCUGUGUUUUGGUUAGGAGUGUUUUUGAUUCCAGUGAUUGCGAUUAUUCCGGAUUUUACCAUGAUGAUCGUUCAAGGUACAAUAUUUAAAUCACUGACUGAUUUUGUCCGAGAAAAUGAAAUUACUCAUAGGGAUACAGGUGUAUAUAGGGGUGAUUCCAAGUCGUCCUGGAAAGAUCAGCAUCAGCGAAAGAAUACUGUCCGAGACAGCCAGGCUUUUAAAAAACGUAUUCACCAAGAGGCCAUCUCGUGUUGAAAAAGACGUGGAAUUGUCUCAUGGUUUCGCCUUUUCUCAAGAGGAAGGGGCUAUCAUAUCUCAGACGGAUGUUAUAAGAGCUUAUGACACCAAUGUACCGAAACCCGACGGCAUGUAGCUGAUAAAGAAAUUAGACGCUUCAAAUGCAUUGUCAAUAUUUAAAUUGUUUUAUUGUUGAUAUUGAUAGGGCUAAAACUGUUAGGUUUUACAAUAACAUUAGCGAGUGGUUAUUUUAAACUAAGUUAAGUUUAUAAUAUAUUUGUAUAUAGAUUUCGCUUUGUAAGUGAUGGUGAUAAUUUUUGAGCACAUUUAAGUUAACAGAGGUUGCUUUUUGUUAGGUGCUAAGUUUAGGUUUUGUUUGCUAUCAUGAACCUACUAAAACUUAAGGAUUUCACGUUGCAGAUUUUCCUUAUUGGACAAAAUCACUAUCACAAAUCAAAAAUUUCCCAUUUUCCUAGAAAAAAAUAUUUUUCAGUUAAGGUUUAUGCCGCAGAAUAUAAUCUUCUAAAUGAAUGUGAUAACUCUAAAGCACCUCUUUUUUAAACUUAAGUUUAACACUGUGAUUGUUUUGACUUUAUAUUUUAAAAAUAAAUAUAUUUGUAUUAUC